AUGCCAGGAAAGAAGAUUGCUGUGAUUGGUGCAGGGGUCAGCGGCCUGGGGGCCAUCAAAUGCUGCCUGGAGGAGGGGCUGGAACCAACUUGCUUUGAAGAAAGCAGUGACAUUGGUGGCCUGUGGCGGUAUGAGGAGACCCUGGAAGAUUGCCGACCAAGCAUCUACCGUUCAGCUACCACCAACACGUCCAAGGAGAUGACUUCCUACAGCGACUUCCCAUUCCCUGCUGCCUUUCCUAACUAUAUGCACAACACCAAGCUCAUGGACUACCUGCGCAUGUACAUCGCCCACUUUCACCUUCGCCAGCACAUACACUUCCUGUCCAAGGUUCGCAGUGUGCGGCGCUGCCCAGACUUCUCCAACUCGGGACGGUGGGAUGUGGUGGUGGAAGUAGAGGGCGAGCUGGAGAACCAUGUGUUUGACGGGGUGAUGGUGUGCACCGGCCUCUACACGGAUCCUGUGCUGCCCCUGCAGAGCUUUCCAGGAAUCUCGAGGUUCCAAGGCCAGUAUCUUCACAGCCGGGAGUACAAGACCCCUGAGAAAUUCCGGGGCAAGAGGAUCGUGGUGGUCGGCGUGGGGAACUCGGGUGUGGAUCUGGCCGUUGAGCUCAGCCACGUGGCUGAGCAGGUGUUCCUCAGCACCCGGCGGGGCACCUGGGUGUGGAACCGCGUCUGGGAUUAUGGGAUACCCAUCGACGUUGCUCUCUUCACACGCUUCAAUUGGUUCCUCAGCAACAUCUGCCCCAAGUUCAUCAUCAACAAAUGGGCAGAGUGGAAACUGAACAAGCGCUUCAGCCACCUCAACUAUGGCCUGCAGCCCAAACAUAGCUUCCUCAGUCAUCAGGCUGCUAUGAGUGACGAUCUUCCAAACCACAUCAUCUCAGGCCGGAUCCUAAUGAAAUCUGACAUCCGCGAAUUAACGGAGACCUCAGUCACCUUUGCAGAUGGCACAGAGGAGGCAGUGGACGUGGUCAUCUUCGCCACGGGCUACACCUUUUCCUUCCCCUUCCUGGAGCAGGACCCCCAGGUGCUGGACAGCCAGCGCUCCAUGUUCAAGUUUGUCUUUCCACCACAUCUGGAGAAAUCAACACUGGCCUUCAUUGGCAUCCUGCAGCCAGUGGGUGCUACCAUCCCCACUUCAGAGAUGCAGAGCCGCUGGGCGGCCAAAGUCUUCAAGGGUGAAAGCCAGCUACCUUCAGAGCGGUGCAUGAUGGCCGACAUCAGAAAGACAAGACAGAAGUUCCAACAAAGAGACAGCUCCAUGGGCUAUAAUCCAUCCCCACUCAGCAGGGGCCGAUGGAGGCACUACGAGGUGGAUGUUGUCAAAGGUCUCAUGGUCAAUUUGACCAUGAGAUAUCUCGAGAGCCCUCGGGACACACGCCGUGUUCAGUAUGUGGAGUACAUGGAUGAGAUUGCUGUGGAAAUUGGGGUGAAACCCAACCUGUUCUUCCUCUGGCUGUGGGAUCCCCAGCUAGCCAAGGAAGUUUUCUUUGGUCCAUGCACAGCUUACCAGUAUCGACUCCAAGGGCCUGGCAAGUGGACUGGGGCUCGUGAAGCUAUUCUCACCCAGCGAAAGCGGAUUUUCAGGCCCCUGAGGACCCGCACUCUCUCUGGUGACCAGUCCUCUUCCGGGUCCUUUUGGCUGAAAGGAGGAGCCUUUCACCUUGUCAUCCGUGAUGGACACCUGGUGGUGGUCGCAGGGCCUGGUGAGGCCUGA